CGCCACUCCGUCAGCGCGCAUGAUUCAAAAACUUCAAAAUGAAAAUGCAAAAUGCAGCAGUGUGAUUCUCUAUGUUUUCUCUAUUUCUCAAUCAAUUAAUUUUUAUUUACUUGUGAGCUUAGCAAGAACUAAGCGAAAAUGUUGGGGCCUCUCUUUUGCGCUAUCGCAAGGGGGCAAACUCCUUACAAUCACUUAGAAGAUUGAAAUGUUUUUGCAGGGUCGAGUUAUAAUUGUUUGGUUAUCUUGGCUUAUUGGAGGGAUUAGCGGCGUUAUAAUUUUGCUAAUUAUUAUAUGUUACUGCCGCCUCAUGCCGCGUCAUCAGAAAUCUUUUGAUGAGCAGUACCUGAAGGAGAGUUAUAUUAUCAAAGAAAACCAUGCAUACCACGCGCAAGAAAACUAUAAAGUCAAACAUGCAGAGGUGCAAGUCCAGCGGCACAGUCGUCCGGCGAGCUACGCGGGGGGCGGGGGCUGCGGGGGCGGGGGCGAGGUGCGCCGCGAGCCCCGGCCCGGGCACAGCCGCGACCACGAUGCGCACUAUGCUUCUAGCAGCUUACUAGACGAGACAGAGGGCGCGGCGGCGAGCAUGGACGCGCUGAAGACGCGGUCCCUGCCCGCCUUCCUGCGGCCCAAGCCGCGCCCGCUCUCCACCGAGGACGACCUGCAACAACUGUACGCUAAGGUGAAUCUAAGCAAGAAGUACAAGAACCGCAUGCGCAGCGAGCACGCGGCCAUCAUCGCGCUCAGCAAGUCGCACAGCCAGUUCUUCGACGCCGACGCCGUCAUCGUGUAUGAUCAGAGAACCGCACUGUAAGCUGGGAGGAC